UAAGACAUCUCCCAAUCAUUUAUUACCGUAUGGGCUCUUUCUAAUUCCCUCAAAAUAUUGCUAAAAAGUAAUUAGUUGAUUGUCAUUUUUCACGAUUACAUUUGAUUUAUAUUGUUGAGUUUAGGGGAUCCUGAUAUUGAUAAUGGGCAUAGUUUUGAUUGUUGUUGAUUGGUGCCUUUGGUUGUGAUUGAUUUUUUAAGCUAUUGUUUGAUAUGGUCUAAAGACUUACGGUUGUUACGUUUAUAUAAUUUGUUGCAGUGUGGUGAACCAAUUAAGUGAUUAAAUCAUGUGGCUUGCUUAUCUACUAGACAAAUGCAUGUCACUUUUAGUUGUGGGAGAUAUAAUUGUUCUAAAAAGUAUCAUUAGGCCAACAGAAACAGUUGCAAUUGGAGUAAUUAAAAGCACAAACCCAUCUAAAGAAGUAGCAGGGGAAGAACUAGGACUUGACUAUUGUGAGCUAUAUGCUCAAAUGCCAAUCAAACCUAAUGAGAACUUGAUCCGAUCAUAUGGACUUGUCAAAAUAAUUGGACAAGGUAUUGGAGCUCAUGUUGCUUGGUCUACUCCAUUUGUGAUUUCGCAAGUUAUGGAUGCUAGCUGAGAACAUUUAUACAAGUGAGGUUGAGAAUUUGGGAAUUGAAUUUGUUUUGAUAAUUUGUCUCUCCAGAAGAUCGAUAUCAUUAUGGCUUUUCAGAACUUAUGACUGAAAUAUUUUUCUUAAAUUUUUUUGCUUCAACUUUGUUACUG